UUCACAGACAACAUGGUGGACCAGACCAAGGUGGAAGCCAGUGCUGCCAAGGCAAAUGAACUGGAGAAGAAGCUGGAUGCAGAAUUGACGGCGCGCCACGAGUUGCAGGUGGAGCUGAAGAAACUGGAGGGGGACUAUGAGCACAAGCUGCAGGACUUGAGCCAAGAGAAGGAACAGCUGGCCUCUUCUAAGCUGGAGCGAGAAAAGGAGAACCAAGGACUACAACAACAGCUAAGCACUCUGCAACAGCAGUCUCUUAGUCACUCACACUCAUGA